AUGGCCACGGGUGCCCUAGCAUUACCGACCAUGUCUUUGAAUUCGAAGCGAAAGGCUGGCGAGCAUGGUCUUCGACAAGGCGACUCGACGACAGCACGGCUGUUCCUCGCCUUCGCGUGUUUUUGGCCAUUAAUGAUUAUGGCCUUGUUUGCGGCCUCUUCGCCUCGGGUAAAAACAUCUAUUCCCGGGAACGCUUCGGUGCCUGCUUCGAAUAAUUUGCGCAUGGAGAUUCGCAACGCUCUGGAUCGCGUCGAUAUCAUGGGGUACGGCCCUACGCACCCUCGCGUUGCCGUAGUUGUCGUCGGUCGCGAUCGGCAAAACCUUAUCGCUUCCGUCGAAUCAGUCUUUUCCAAAACAGACAUGGAUCGUAUCUUUGUGGUAACCGUCGUCGUCGACGGCAUGGCGGAAGACUUGACCUUGGUCCAGGACUUGCAAAAGAUUGACGGUGGCACUAUUCCUCACUGGCAUGGCCAAACACCCGACUUGCACAAUGCCGGUGCGACACAGCCCAAGGAAGAGGAAGCGCAUGGCCGCAAGGUACACGUUAUUUUCAACGCCAGGCAAAGGGGUGUAACGGCGUCGCGUGCGGAUGGUGUCGAAUUUAUUCGUUUGUUAUCCGAGAAGCACGAACAAGCGGCCUUAAAAUCUCCGCAAGAAGAUUUGUUGCUCUUGUUGAUGGAGGGCGGUACUCAGCUGGAAUCACGGCGAUGGUUGUUACCCGUCACACAAGCUCUCAUUGUUCCUCCGCCUCUUUUGGGUAAGGAAGAUUCUACCGUGGCAAUGAAGUUGGCCAACGCAGUCUCUUUUAACCUUGAGGGACCCGGUAAGCGAACGUCUUUUGAUGAAACGUUGGCGGCGGUCAUUUCCGAGUCCAGUGCGGAAGACAUGAAUCAGAACAACGGCGACUCUUAUCCAACACCGGCAUUAAACGGGGCAGCUAUUGCUUUGCGACUCGAUACGUAUUUGAACCUACCAAUUCACGAUGAAUCGCUUCAAGAAGCCUGGCCUGCGAAUCUGGAUCUAGCAAUGAACCUCUGGUUGUGCGCUGAUGGAAUCGACAUGCUGGAGGACGCAAAAGUUACAAGCAUAGACGCGUCGCCUCCUGCGGCAUCCUUGCUUCCUCAACAGGCGGCUCGUUUUGCAGCAGCGUGGAUGGACGAAACGCUUGCAAAAAAGUUUUUCAACGCCUACACCAAGACAGCCAAUCCAGAUAUGACGUAUCUGGAAUGGGAAACCUUCCAAUCCGCUGCGAGGCAAGAACCAGGAUUCACAGCCAUGACGUCCAGAUGCCGUGACUUUAAGUGGUUUAUCGACCGCGUCAAUCCAGAGCUAGGAAACGUCUUACAAGCAUCGGAGGAACUGCCUAAAGGGAAACCUAUGGCAGCAAAUAGCGAAACAAGCGCGAAGUCGGCUGAUGCCGUAGAAGGUAAUGCAAACACGGCCGAACGUGCUAACGAAAAGACACCAGUUGUACCAGGCAAAACACCAUUGCAUGGUGAACGUAAUGACAAGGAAAGGCAAGAGGUGGAUGGGAGUGAGGAGGAGUUUGUCAUUCCAGAAAGGCACGACCAAAAAAAGCCUACCAAACCUCUCUGCAAAGAGUGCCUUGAAAUCGUCCAACGAGCGAGGCCUGUAGAGAUUGCAUAUGUGGAUAUGUCAAACGGUCACCGCGAAGACCCUCACAGGGGGGCUCGAGACACUGACGGUAACUUUGGGUAUACACACGAUGAGACGGCUUUGCGCAAAAACCCACCUGCAAUCAACUUCAUGGGAGAUGAUCUGGCACGAGCCUGUAGCAAACGAGACAACAACUACCGCAUGCUGCAUGAAAAAGUAAAAAUCGAUUUUAAGGCGCACGCUGAAGCCGAAAAGUCUCUACAAAAGCGUGACAAAAUAUUUUGCGGAAUUUACUCGAUCGAGAGUGCACACCCUCGAAUCCAGAGGAUUGCCGAGACGUGGGGACAAAAAUGUGAUGGCUUUAUUGUUGCAUCCAACAAAACUGAUGCCACACUGAAUACUGUCGACAUUCCGCACGAAGGCCCGGAGGACUACAGUAAUAUGUGGCAGAAAAUACGGAGUAUGUUAAGCUACAUCUAUGACAAUUACUACGAAAAGUACGACUGGUUCCAUAUGGGCGGCGAUGACCUGUAUAUCUUGGUCGAGAACCUACGCCUGUAUCUUGAAAGCGAGGAGAUCAAGACCGCAGCGAAUGGUGGAAUAUACUUACCCGAUGGUACAGAAACGACGCAAGUUCCUCUUUUUUUGGGUCGACGCUUCGCUUACAUGGGAGAUAUGAACGACAUUUUCAACUCUGGUGGUUCCGGUUAUACCAUGAAUAAGGCGGCGCUCAAAACGUUGGUAGUCGACGGCUUUCCCAAUCUUUUCUCUCACGCCCACACCUUUUCAGAGGACACAAUGGUGGCGAGGACGUUUAGACACUAUAACAUAUUCCCAUACGAGACGAAGGACGAAAAUGGUGGGGAGCGAUAUAUGCCGUUUAUGCCAGGUCACCACUACGGUUACCGUUUCCCGACCGACAAGAGCACAGACUGGUACGCCAAAUACUCCAUCAACAUCAAAGAAGGUUUGGACCAUUGCGCAGCACACAGUGUGGCAUUUCACUACGUUAAAGAUGAAGCGAUGUAUCGAUUGCAUGCGCUUCUAUAUGGUCUCUGUCCUGCGGAACCUGCACUAGAGUCGUAA